AUGUGCCCAAUACAAGAAUCGGCCAAGAGAAAGGAGACUUUAAAUCCUCCACGGCUUUCCUCAGUUAUUGAAGAUCUCGACACUAUCCAGCCUCAGACACGCCAUGUUGAUGAGGCGCUGGAAAAAAGUCGGGACUAUUGGUAUCGCCUGACAUCACUAGCUCAUGCCUAUCGGGAUCAUGGCUUGAAUCCAGAGUACACAAACCCUCGCCACAUUCUUCAUAGAAUUCCAAAACUGCAUGUACGACCCGAAACAACCUAUGCCCGCCCUUACGGAGUUUCUCCUCUUGUUCUUUGCAUGCAAGCAUCCUCGACUUGGAAAUUAGUAGGAAACUCGGAUUGCGACAGCAUUGCGAAAGAAAGGACAGCCGAUGCUAUGCUCAAGGUCGGCACUAGUGUUGCUAUUCCCUAUAGUUUCGAAGGGAAUGCCUUCAAUUCUUGGAUUGGCACAACGGAAGAAAAAACACACUGGUCCAAACUACUUGGGGAUCCUGACAAUUGGAUGGUGUUAUGUACUCUCUGCACGAUUUGUUGA